AUGGCGAGUGGUGGUUGCAGUAAUAAGAAGAAGCCAGUAAAGAUUGUUAUUGUCACUACGGAGUAUGUUGAAACUGAUGCCAUGAAUUUUAAGUCUGUUGUGCAGAAGCUUACCGGUAAGUAUUCUUAUGAUGAAAGUGUAGUUGUCGAUGAAGCUACUGAAGCUCAAAAAGUUAAUAAUCUAAGAGGGUUUGAUGUGGCUGCUUGUGUAAAUGGUCAUGCCGGAAGAAGCUCUUUUUAUAUGAGUGAUUUGUUGUUGAAGGAAUAUGACAUGUUGCAUAGAGAGUUACUGCCAAACGAACACUUUUUGUUUCAGUCACAAAUUUAA